GCGGGGAGCUCGUGCUCCGCGGCCUCACGCUCUAGGCCGGGAACCGCACACGGAGCUGGGCCUCCGCGGCCGUGGCGAAUCGGCGGAGGGGUGGCCGCGGCGGGGCGGGCCGUGAGCGCGCCGAGGAGGCUCCGGGACAGGACCGAGCGGGAUGGAACCGGCACGGUCUACCGUCCUGCUCGCUGUCCGGGAAGCCCUUCACAACCUUUCCACUUCUGAGGAUGGCGGCCACAUCCUUUCCACCCUGGGGGCCCUGAAGCGGUAUCUCCAGGGAGCAGAGAACCCAGCCCUUCCCGGGGAGCAGGAGGAGUUCGCCAGGAUGCACUUCUCCGCCGUCCUCAGAUGUCUCGUGGGCAGGCUGAGCCCAGGCUGGUUGGGGCUUCUGCCCGACGGCCAGUUGGAGGACCUGUGGGCCAGCUUCUUCCUGGAGGGCCCUGCUGACCAAGCCUUCCUGGUGUUGAUGGAGUCCAUCGAGGGUGCUGCAGGCCCGAGUUUCCGUCUGAUGAAGGUGGCGCAGCUGCUGGCCAGGUUCCUGAGCACGGGCAGGAUGGCCGCUGUGAUGGAGGGCCAGUGUCGGCCGCCGGCAGAGCCGGCCUUCCCUCUGCUCCAGGAGACGCUCCUCACCAAGGUGGUGGGCUUGCCCGACCAGCUGGGCAACCGUCUGCAGCGGGAGAACCUGGAGGCCUUCCUCCCCCAGAAUUACUUCCCUCUGCUCGGCGAGGAGAUCAUGCGGGCGCUGCAGGCAGUGGUGGACUCCCUCCGAGGCGGCUGGGACUGCUCCGUCUCCUUCCUGUCUCGGGUGCUCGGGAAAGCCUGCGUCCACGGGAGACAGAAGGAGAUCCUGGGCGUGCUGGUGCCACGGCUGACGGCACUCAGCGAGGGCAGCUGCCUCUGGCAGAGGGUCUGCUGGCGCCUGAUGGAGAGUGUGCCCGACCGGGCCAUGGAGGCUCUGCUCACGGGACUGGUGGAGGUCGCUGCAGGGCCCGAAGUCCUCUCGCGGCUGUUGGGGAACCUGGUGGUGAAGAGUAGGAAGGCCCGGUUUGUGAUGACCCGAAAGAUUCUGUUCCUCCAGCACCGGCACUCGACGCCCACGCUGCAGAGCCUCCUGGGGUACUUGGCCAUGGACAGCCAGCGGCGCCCGCUCCUUGUGCAGGUGCUGAGGGAGCUCCUGGAGACGUGGGGCAGCAGCAGUGCCAUGCGCCAUGGGCCCCUCCCGCAGCAGCGCUACGUCAGCGCGGCCCUGCUCAUCUGCCUGGCGCACCUGGGGGACGCCGAGCUCCGGGACAGCCGAGACGAGCUGCUGGCGAGCCUCAUGGUGGGAGUGAAGAACCGUCUGGAUAGCAGCCUGCCUGCCGUGCGCCGUCUGGGCAUGAUCGUGGCCGAGGUGGCCAGUGCCCGGAUCCACCCCGAGGGUCCUCGCCUGAGGUUCCAGUAUGAAGAGGACGAGCUGAGUCGAGAGCUGCUGGCCCUGGCGGCGCCCCUGCCUGCGGCUGACAGCCCCGCGGAGGUGGAGGCGAGCCCCAGUGUGGCUCCAGCGGCUGCAGAGACCCCUGACGGAGGGAGCACGGAUGGUGGUGUCCCCCAGGCCCGGCCGGAGGGCUCGGGCUCUGACCUGGACAGUGAUGAUGAGCUUGUCCCGUAUGACAUGUCGGGGGACCAAGAGCUGAAGAGUGGGAAGGCACCUGCCUACGUCCGGGACUGCAUGGAAGCCCUGACCUCGUGUGAGGACUGGGAGCGCUGGGAGGCGGCCCUGCGAGCUCUCGAGGGGCUGAUUCUCAGGAGUCCGGCUGCUGCUCGUGAGGUGAGCGUGGAGCUGGCCAAGGUGCUACUGCACCUGGAGGAGAAGACGAGUGUGGUGGGCUUUGAGGGGCUGCGCCAGCGAGCCCUAGUGGCCGUCGUGGUCACAGAUCCGGCUCCGGUCGCAGAGUACCUGACCUCGCAGUUCUAUGCCGUCAACUUCAGCCUCCGGCAGCGCAUGGACAUCCUGGACGUCCUGACUCUGGCUGCCCAGGAGCUGUCUCGGCCUGGGCGCCUCCCCAAGGCUCCCCAGUGCAGCUCCCCGAGUCCCGGCUCCCAGCCCAGCAGCACCCCGGCUCCCGCCUGGCGGGCGGUCGUGGAGAAACGGAUCAGAAACAAGACCCGGCGGUUCUCUCAGGGCUCUGCCCGGCGGGGACCGGACGCUCGCCCCAAUGAAUUCAACUUGGUGGCUGGCUACUUCUUCUUCCCACUCCUUCGGCACUUUGACAGGCCUCUGGUGACCUUUGACCUUUUGGGAGAGGACCAACUGGUUCUUGGGAGAUUGGUCCACACCUUAGGGGCCCUGAUGUACCUGGCAGUGAACACCACGGCGGCUGUGGCCAUGGGCAAGGCCUUCUUGGAGUUCGUGUGGACCCUUCGCUUCCAUGGUGACGCCUACGUGCGCCAGGGCCUUCUGUCUGCGGUCUCCUCUGUCCUGCUCAGCGUUCCGGCCGAGCGGCUGCUGGCUGACCUGCCUGAUGAGCUGCUGGAAGCCCGGCCCUGGCUGGCAGACGUGGCGGAGCAGGACCCUGACGAGGACUGCAGGCUGUUGGCGGUGAGAGCGCUGCUGCUUCUGGAGAAGCUCAGACACGCACUCGUCCCACCGGCUCCUCCGUAGUCCGCCCGCCGUGGCUGGCCUGGCCCGCCCCCGUGCUCCGCCAGCCGUCCGCACGGGCCCUCGGGUGCUGCCCCCAUGGACAGGGGCACCUGCGCAUGGACCGGGGGUUCCGAGGAGGGAGGGAGCUGCUGGGGCCCCUGCGGGCUGAUUGUCAACCUGUCCCCAAGCCCCUUCCUCACCUGAACACAGAAGACUUUAAAAAAACUACGAAAAGGAAGAAUAAAAAGGAGCUGCGCGUGUUCAAGCCCAGGCCA